ACUGUAUGUGUCUUGAGUCUUCACUGCUCAUUUGCGUCUUUAUACCAGCAUUAAUGGGGGCCAAUUGAGUCUUAUCCAAUCACAUUCCAGAUCCUGUAGCUCAGCAGGGUGAUAUCUUUAUAUUCUGCGUUCCUAAGAGAAUCUUCAUUGGCUUAUUUCGCCAAGUAAAGAGAACAACUUUGGAGGACAAACUACUAUUGUAGAUUCCUACAUUGGGAUUAUUACCAACAACAACCAUUUUUUCAUCCCACUUCUUCAUUGAAGACUGAAAAGGAUAAAGUGUCCAAACACAGAGAAAAACUCCUGCUGAAGCGACUGAUCUCCACACUGUUAUAAAGAUGGUGUUUAUUAAAGAGGAGAGUGAAGAUGUGAAGAUUGAAGAAACAUUCACAGUCAAACAGGAAGAUCUGCAGGAACAAACAGAUCUGAUGGUGCUGAAAGAAGAGACUCAUGGACAAAAUGAAAUAGAUGAGAAACAGCAGUUUCAGAAACCCCAAGAAAUAAUGACUGAUGAAAAACCCACACUGACUAAAAAGACUUCAUCACACGGAAGACCUCAGAAAUCCAAAUCUGGGUGUAAUUUCAGCUGUAAACAGUGUAGAAACAGUUUCAGUCAGAAGUCAAAGCUUGAUGUUCACAUGAGAGUUCACACUAGGGAGCAACCUUACACCUGCGAACAGUGUGGAAAGAGUUUUGGUCAAAUACAAGGCUUUAAAGCCCACAUGAGAAUUCAUACUGGAGAGGGGAAGUUCACAUGCCAAGAGUGUGGAAAAAGCUUUUAUCAAGCUGGAAACUUUGCAGCACACAUGAGAAUUCACACUGGGGAGAAGCCUUUCAGCUGUAAACAGUGUGGAAAAAGUUUCAGUCAAAAGUCAAACCUUGAUGUUCACAUGAGAGUUCACACAAGGGAGCAACCUUACACCUGCGAACAGUGUGGAAAGAGUUUUGGUCAAAUACAAAGCUUUAAAGCUCACAUGAGAAUUCACACUGGAGAGGGGAAGUUCACAUGCCAAGAGUGUGGAAAAAGCUUUUAUCAAGCUGGAAACUUUGCAGCACACAUGAGAAUUCACACUGGGGAGAAGCCUUUCAGCUGUAAACAGUGUGGAAAGAGUUUCAGUCAAAAGUCAAACCUUGAUGUUCACAUGAGAGUUCACACUAGGGAGCAACCUUACACCUGCGAACAGUGUGGAAAGAGUUUUAGUCAAAAACAAAGCUUUAAUACUCACAUGAGAAUUCACACUGGAGAGAAACCUUUCAGCUGUAAGCAGUGUGGAAAGAGUUUCUUUCAAAAGCCAAACCUUGAUGUUCACAUGAGGGUUCACACAGGGGAGAAACCUCACACCUGCGAACAGUGUGGAAAGAGUUUUGGUCAAAAACAAGACCUUUACAUCCACAUGAGGAUUCACACUGGAGAGAAACCUUACACAUGCACAGAGUGUGGUAAAAGUUUCCCACAUAUAAGCACACUCAAACACCACAUGAGGAUUCACACUGGAGAGAAGCCGUUUGCAUGUGCUCAGUGUGGAAAGAGCUUCACAACCAAAACUAGCCUCAAGAACCACAUGAAUGGUCACACUGGAACCAUAGUGUUCACAUGUGAUCAGUGUGGAAAGAGUCUCACACGCAAAGACACCAUUAAGAAACACAUGAAGACUCACUCAAGAGAGGAUCGUUUUAGAUGCAGUGAAUGUGGAAAGGGCUUUAAAAGUAAAAGAAGCCUCAACACUCACAUGAAGCUUCACAAUGGAGAGGAGAGUCCUCAACAUUGAGGCCUUGUCCACACAAACACGAGUAUAUUCAAAACGGCAGCUUUUUCACGUAGUUUGGCUGUUCAUUCAAGUGAAGUUUAUUUAUAAACUACUUUCAAGAGGAUCACAUGCUUAUGAUUGUCCACGGCCGGUCCUGCAUUAGCUAAAACAUGAUUCACCAUUCAGAUGAUUCCUAACUCACUAUAAAUAACCUCUUAACUCAGUUAUCUUUGUCUUGAAGAAUCCCUCUCCCACCCUUACUCCCCCUCCUUUCUAGAUUGGGCAACACGGCAGCCAAUGAAUAGCCAGUGGUUAGCACUGUUGCCUCACAGUAAGAAUGUCGCAGGUUAAAGUCCCUGCUAACCAGUUGACAUUUUUGUGCAGAGUUUGCUCACUCUCCUUGUGCUAACGUGGGUUUCCCCUGGGUCCCCUGGUGUUCUCCCACAGUCCAAAAACACACAACCUAAGUAAACUGAACAUUAAAUUGGCACCAUAGUCGAGCUCUUAGUAAGCCUUAUAUCUCCCUUUAGCCGACCCUAUAUCUGUCAUUAGAAUAGAAAGAAGUCUGGGGAGUUCAUCGAGAUCUACCUGAGCUCACACUCCCCUCUCGUCCUGCUUACGGGAUGGAGCCCAGGGCUCGAGGAUCUUAUGAGCUUAGGUCUCUCCCGGGAUAGCAUGCCAAACAAGUGUGAACUCUUGAAUGCAUAUCAAGUUACUGAUAAUGAAACCCUUUGAACACCUGAAAAUUUAAACUCAACUGAAGAGGGGUGAAGAUCUUGCCAGCUGUUUUGUAGUGUAGAUCAGGGGUCACAGCCCAGUACCAGGUUGUGAGAGUUGCUAUCGGGCUGCAAGAAGGCAAAAUAACUCUAUAUGUUAAUAGAUUGUAUUGGCUUGUUUCAUAUGCAACAAGUAUCUACUUCUGAUAAGAUGUGAACCAAAUGACCUAGAGGAACUCAGGAGAUGUGACCCAACCAAAGCAGUUGGGUAAUCUCCAGGGGGGUUUCAUCCUUUGUUAUAAAUUAGUGUCUCACAGACUGUAUUUUGGUUUAAGUUACUUAAAGACAGACAAGUUAACAUCACUGCUGAUGAACUGCACAAUUAAUUCUCUUCAAUAAAGUCUUCUGCCCGUAA